AUGUCAGAGUCCACCGAUAAGCGCACGUCAAACAUUCACCUAGACAGAGCUAUAAAAUAUGAACGUCAAGUAUCCGACGCUGGAUCUCAAUCCCAGGCACUGGAAGCAGCAAUUGCAGCAGCCGAUAAUUACAUGCGUGCGCUGAAAUUAGCGGACACGCCUCGGGAAAAGCAAUGGCUGGACUCAAAAUGCAAAGAUUGGCUUUGCCGAGCAGAGAAUAUCAAAUUAGACAAAGCAUGGAAACCAUCCAGCUCACAGGUUGAAAAUUCCUUGCUGAAGGAGCCAGUCUCUAAGCGUACACUUUCGACGAGAGAGGAAAUCAUCCUCUUGGAGAGCGCUAAACUCAAUGGAUUCAUAUUUCCACCUUGGAAAGACGACCCCAGCCCACAUGAGUUUGAAUUGGUUGGUGAGGAAGGGCAAUUUGAGGAUAAGACUCUGAGGCUUUCUAUACUCCAGAAAGAGGUUUUCAGUGGCUGGAAACGCCCUGCUGAGCUCAUCAAAGAGCGUGGUCUCGGCAGUCUUACUUCUGACGAACCCAAACGUGUCGGAACAAAGGUUGUAAUGGACCUUGUGCAGGAUAUCACCACAGACUGCUCUGUAAUCGCAAGCAUUUGCGCGGUGACUGCUCGAUUUGAGCGGGGUUAUAACUGCAAUCGAAUAUUCCCGUUUGAUUAUAAUCAAGGGAUACCACGGAAGUCGAUAUCCGGAAAGUACAUAUUCCGACUUUAUUUCAACGGCUGCUACAGAAAAGUGGUCAUUGACGACCGACUUCCUUCAUCCAAGACAUCACGCUCUCUGUUUGCAAUUGACCGAAAUGCGCCGAAAUCCUUUUGGCCCGCUUUGAUUGAGAAAGCAUAUCUGAAGCUUCGUGGCGGUUACGACUUUCCCGGUAGCAACUCAGGGACAGAUUUAUGGGUACUCACCGGUUGGAUUCCGGAGCAGAUAUUUCUCCAUCACGAAGAUGUAGCACCCGAUCAGCUGUGGAGACGUAUACGAGGCGCCUUUCAGUAUGGUGAUGUCGUUCUGACCCUUGGGACGGGUGAACUCAAUUCUCGUGAAGAGCGGCUUCAGGGGCUCAUUGGCCGACAUGACUAUGCCGUCCUUGACCUAACCGAACGUGAUGGAUAUCGUCAGAUGCUCAUCAAAAAUCCAUGGGCAGAUUCCAGCGCUAGGACUCCUCAUAGUUAUAGUCGCCCUUCUGCACAAAAUGAAGUGGAUACAACAUCCAAUACUCUCCUGCCUGGAUGCUUUUGGAUGGAUUACGAUCAGAUCUUCCAGAAUUUCGACAAUAUGUACCUAAACUGGAACCCGGGUCUUUUUACUACUAGGCACGAUAUUCAUUUUACGUGGGACUUGUCAAAGGCUCGAUUUAGCUCUGCAUGCUUUGCGAAUAGUCCGCAGUUUUCGAUCUCAACAGUGGCAGGAGGCCCAGUCUGGUUGCUUCUUAGCAAGCAUUUUCGUACCACGAAUGCAACAAGCCCGAGUGUUGAGUCGGGGUUUAUCAGUAUCUACGUUUCGAAAAAGGGAGGGCAACGAAUUUUCGUCAGUGACGAUGCAUUCUAUCGCGGGCCGUUUGUGGACUCUCCCAACACGUUGGCGAAGAUUGACAUGGAAGCAAAUUCGACAUAUACGGUUGUUGUGGCUGAACAGUCAUUGCCGUUGGUUGCUCAAAAUUUCACACUUUCUGCGCUAUCAAGGGAUGAAAUUAUGCUCAAACCGGCCGAAGACAAGUUUCUGCAUACCUACCAAAUGGGAAGUGAAUGGAGUCCUAUUACUGCAGGGGGAAAUACGGAGUCACCACGAUACCCGUCCAACCCGCAACAUGUUCUGCAAGUAUCAGACACAGCGGAUGUUCUAAUACUUCUGGAGACACCGAAGCCAGAUCUGGCCGUUCACUCGAAGCUGUUUUGGUCAGAUGGCAAACGCGUCUCGACAGUGAGAAAGCGUGACAUUGUUACGGACAGCGGCCACUAUCGCCCCGGUUGCGUGGUUGCUGAGACCGAACAAUUACGGCCCGGCUCAUACACCUUAGUUUGCUCAACAUUCCUUCCUGAUCAGGUCGCAAAGUUCAAUAUCUGGGUAUUUUCCACCACGAAAUGCCACGUCAAGGCCUUGCCGUCCGAAGCGGCAGGUAGACUGGCUGUACUAUCCGACGUUGGCAUUUUACCUCCGGGUAUCGACCGCAUCUUCGCCCCAUUAAGUGUACCGCGCCUCACGAGACUCAAAUUGAUUGCACGAAGCCGGAAUUCUACCAUUGGAACACGCCAUAUCACUUCAUCGCCUAUGUUGAUGACCGUUGAGCUUGGUCAGGGACCGUACAAAGAGAUUCUGGCGUCAUCCGAGAACGGUGAAUAUAGUGAUGCAGUCUCCGGGAUUAGAGUUCCUGAUUUUGAUGUAUGCCCAGAGUUUGCGGAGAAGAGAGGGAUAUGGAUUGUGAUUGAGAGGAUUGGAGGACCGGUUGGACAAGUGACAGACUGCGUUGAUGUAGAGGCUCUGAGUGAGGAGCGAGUUGAGAUUGGAGAAUGGAUUACAAGUAGCUAGACAAGAGUGUUAUGGAAAAUACUACAAUUUUAUUG